ACUUGUACAGUUGCAACAUACAGAGAGAUGGUUUCAGAGGGGAAAUGCUCAUGUUUCUAAUGGGAGGAUAUGAAGCACACUUUGAUUGAUAGCUAUAGAUGACAAAUGGAUAUCUGAGAGGUAUGCCACCACAACUAGCAAAUAAAGUUAUUAUGUAAUUAAUGGUAUCAUACUAAAGGGCUAUGCUAAAUUAUCAAGAAAGAAAAGUCAACUACAGUGUAUCAAGAGCCGUAGCAGCCGUGGCGGAGCAUGCCGCACCACAUACAGCCAAGCGAAUGAAAGAACCCGAGGACUCUAAAACAAGUGAGAUGAGACAAGUUCCUCUGAUUUCAACACUAAAGGUAAUUUAUUAACAAACCCAAAUUCCUGCUUGGCUGACCAACAGACUAAAAGCAAACGCCUAGCAUAGCAUAGCAGCCUGAUGGCCAUAGCAGAGGACUAGUAGUGGAGUAUGGGCUCUACAGGCUCCAGGUCCAGGCUCAGUCAGGUGGCCCCAUGUCACAGUCAGACAGAGGGAGACCUGGACCAGCAGGCCAGUCAUCCCACUUCACAAUGGACCAUCCCUGCCAUACCAACCCCACUGGAGCAACAACAUCAGCCGCUGGGACAUAGGAGGACUACCCAGCUGCCCCCACUGAAACUGGAAAACCCUGCAACCUUCCCACCGCUAUCUACAGCCUCCCACAAAGUCACAUCAUUCAGCAUCAUUCAUCCUCAGCCACCACGGAGACUACAGGGCAGGGACCGGAGAGAUGGGGGUGUCCUCCACUUUUCUACACCCAGCCAGGGGGCACACGGUGGCACCGGCUGCCAGCCGCAGGGAGGUCUCCUGGAGGCACAGAUGGUCCUCAGUCAACAGGCCCAGCAGAGACAGAGAGCCCAGCAGAGACAAGUCAGAGAACAGCGGGAGCACGAGAGGAUCUUCUAUACAGAUAAUUUUGGAGCACCAAGCAUACAGACACUGCAUCUGCUGAACAGGCCGACGCUAGGGGACAUAUUUUGGGAUUGGAUGACAGGAGAGAGCCUUGCCCUCAGGGAGAUCCUCCAACAAAGACCCCUUCCCCCAGAGCAAGGAGAGAGACAACAGUACCAGCCUGGACCACAACCACUGCGCCUGUGUCGGGAUGAGGAGCUGAUCAACAGAGACUUGGCAUGGGGAGGCCUCAGGAGUCCUCACCAGAAAACCAAUACUCUCACAGACAGAGGGAGGGGUGAUGGAUGGUGGACCGACUUUGAGGAAAACCUUACCUUGGAUGCUGGACUGGAAGACAGAGAAACAAGGAGAUCCAGUUCCCAAACACUUGAACUCUUUAGGGGAUAGUGAGAGGGCUAGUAGGUGGGACAUGAGGCCCAGGCCUCUGAUAGACUGGCAGAGGUGGGACAUUGGUUGAAUCAACAUUGUUCCACAUCAUUUCAAUAAAAUUACGUUCAACCAUCAUGGAAUAGACGUUGAAUUGACGUCUGUGCCCAGUGGGCUAUAUCAUGUGGAGAGCGUGAUUUGGGAACCUGAACUGGACUAGGAGCUGUUUAUGAGGUUUAGUAAUCUGGAUUAAACUGGAUCUCCAAUCUCAUGUUGCAAAAUGCUAAUGAACUUUUCAUGGACACUUUAUUUAGAAAAAGAUGAAAAUGUAUCUAAUUUAUUUGGCAAGAAUUACAGUGGCAAGAAAAUGUGAAUCCUUUGGAAUUACCAGGAUUUCUGCAUAAAUUGUUCAUAAAAUUUGAUCUGAUCUUUAAAAAAUAAACAUGUAACCUUUCUCUAUUUAUAGACAAUUUGUCUUAACGUGGACUGAUGAACAUCAAGGCUUUUAGAGAUACUUCUGUAACCCUUUCCAGCUUUAUGCAACGAUUCAUAAUUUUAAGUCUUCUGAGAUCUCUUUCGUUCGAGGCGUGGUUCACAUCAGGCAAUGCUUCUUGUGAAUAGCAAACUCAAAUUUUGUGAGUAUUUUUUAUAGGGUAGGGCAGCUCUAAUCAACAUCUCCAAUCUCGUCUCACUGAUUGGACUCAAGGUUAGCUGACCUUUGACUCCAACUAGCUUUUGGAAAAGUCAUUAGCCUAGGGGUUGACAUACUUUUCCCAACCUACACUGUGAAUGUUUAAAUGAUUUAUUCAAUACAGACAAGACAAAUACAAUAAUUUGUGUGUUAUUAGUUUAAACACACUGUGUUUGUCUAUUGUUGUGACUAAGAUGAAGAUCAGAUCAAAUUUCAUAACUAAUUAUGCAGAAAUCCAGGUAAUUCCAAAGAGUUCACAUACUUUUUCUUGCCACUGUAUGUCAUAACCAAAGUAUUUCAGAAAAUGUGUCCACCACCAGUGUUAAACGAUCACCUGAAUGUAUUCAUAGGAUUGUGACUAGCAGCUGGCAUCCUUACCAUGACAAAAUAGAUGUUUUGCUGCUUCUGUGUAGAGCUGUUCUCUCUCACCAGAUAAUUGAUCAUUUUGUCACUGUGGUUAAAAUAAGUCUCGUUGUGGGAACCAUUCUGUUUUGCCAUGCGUCAGUCUCUUAUUCCAAUAUGUUUGAAGCCACAGCAUGGGGCGCCCUCUAGGGAUGAUCGUGAUAAUCCAGGUGUGGAAAGGACUAACGUGCGUAAUGCAACACCAGUGUAAUGUUCACAAGGUGAGAAAGCACAUUCAAAAUAAUACAUUUGUCUUGUGGCAUCUUCAGAGAGAGAUUGCUUUCUUUUCAAUCUUAAAUAAGUCUUAGGAUUACAUGGUAUUGAGAUUUAAGGGUGGCAGGUAGACUAGUGGUUUGAGUGUUGGGCCAGUAACUGAAAAGUUGUGGGAUCAAAUCUCUGUGCUGACAAGGUAAAAAUCUGUCAUUCUGCCCUUGAAUAAAGCAGUUAGCCCACUGUCAUUGUAAAUAAGAAUUUGUUGUUAACUGACUUUUCUAGUUAAAAAAAGAUAGUACUUUU